AUGGAGCAAAGUCAAGUGCAGUGUGUGUGUGGGAAGGCAUUUUUUGAUUCAUCUACUCUUAAACAACACCAGAGAACACACACAGGAGAGAAACAUUUUAAGUGCAGUGUGUGUGGGAAGGCGUUUGCAAAGUCAUCAAUUCUUAAAUCACACCAGAGAACACACACAGGAGAGAAACCUUUCAAGUGCACUGUGUGUGAGAAGGCGUUUGCACGGUCAUCCAUUCUUAAAUCACACCAGAGAACACACACAGGAGAGAAACCUUUUAAGUGCAGUGUGUGUAAAAAGGUGUUUGCACAGUCAUCCAUUCUUAAAUCACACCAGAGAACACACACAGGAGAGAAACCUUUUAAGUGCACUCUGUGUGGGAAGGCGUUUGCAAUGUCAUCAAAUCUUAAGAUCCACCAGAAAACACACACAGGAGAGAAACCUUUUAAGUGCACUCUGUGUGGGAAGGCGUUUGCAAAGUCAUCAAAUCUUCAAACCCACCAGAGAACACACACAGGAGAUAAGCCCUUCAAGUGCAAUGUGUGUGGGAAGGCAUUUUUUGAUUCAUCUACUUUUAAACAACACCAGAGAACACACACAGGAAAGAAACCUUUCAAGUGCACUGUGUGUGAGAAGGCGUUUGCACGGUCACCAGAUCUUCAAAGACACCAGAGAACACACACAGGAAAGAAACCUUUCAAGUGCACUGUGUGUGAGAAGGCGUUUGCACAGUCAUCACAUCUUCAAAGACACCAGAGAACACACACUGGAGAGAAACCCUUCAAGUGCACUGUGUGUGAGAAGGCAUUUUCAUGGUCGUCAUAUCUUCAGACCCACCAAAGAACACACACAGGAGAGAAACCUUUUAAGUGCAGUGUGUGUGGGAAGGCGUUUGCAAAGUCAUCAAUUCUUAAAUCACACCAGAGAACACACACAGGAGAGAAACCUUUCAAGUGCACUGUGUGUGAGAAGGCGUUUGCAUGGUCGUUUAUUCUUAAAUCACACCAGAGAACACACACAAGAGAGAAACCCUUCAAGUGCACUGUGUGUGAGAAGGCAUUUUCAUUGUCAUCAUAUCUUCAGACCCACCAGAGAACACACACAGGAGAUAAACCCUUCAAGUGCAGUGUGUGUGGGAAGACAUUUUUAGAUUCAUCUGCUCUUAAACAACACCAGAGAACACACACAGGAGAGAAACCUUUUAAGUGCAUUCUGUGUGGGAAGGCGUAUGCAAAGUCAUCAAAUCUUCAGUCCCACCAGAGAAUACACACAGGAGAUAAACUCUUCAAGUGCAAGAAACCCUUCAAGUGCACUGUGUGUGGGAAGGCGUUUGCACAGUCAUCAACUCUUCAGACCCACCAGAGAACACACACAGGAGAGAAACCUUUUAAGUGCAGUGUGUGUAAAAAGGUGUUUGCACGGUCAUCCAUUCUUAAAUCACACCAGAGAACACACACAAGAGAGAAAUCUUUUAAGUGCACUCUGUGUGGGAAGGCGUUUGCAUUGUCAUCAAAUCUUAAGAUCCACCAGAGAACACACACAGGAGAGAAACCUUUUAAGUGCACUGUGUGUGAGAAGGCGUUUGCACAGUCAUCAAAUCUUAAGACCCACCAGAGAACACACACAGGAGAUAAGCCCUUCAAGUGCAGUGUGUGUGGGAAGGCAUUUUUUUAUUCAUCUACUCUUAAACAACACCAGAGAUCACACACAGGAAAGAAACCUUUCAAGUGCACUGUGUGUGAGAAGGCAUUUUCAAGGUCGUCAUAUCUUCAGACCCACCAGAGAACACACACAGGAGAUAACCCCUUCAAGUGCAGUGUGUGUGGGAAGGCAUUUUUUUAUUCAUCUACUCUUAAACAACACCAGAGAACACACACAGGAGAGAAACCUUUUAAGUGCACUUUGUGUGGGAAGGUGUUUGCAAUGUCAUCAAAUCUUAAGACCCACCAGAAAACACACACAGGAGAGAAACCUUUUAAGUGCACUCUGUGUGGGAAGGCGUUUGCACAGUCAUCAACUCUUCAGACCCACCAGAGAAUACACACAGGAGAUAAACCCUUCAAGUGCAGUGUGUGUGAGAAGGCGUUUUCAGAUUCAUCUAAUCUUCGACGACACCAGAGAACACACACAGGAGAUAAACCCUUCAAGUGCAGUGUGUGUGGGAAGACAUUUUUAGAUUCAUCUACUCUUAAACAGCACCAGAGAACACACACAGAAGAGAAACUCUUCAAGUGCAGUGUUUGUGGGAAAGCGUUUGCACAGUCAUCAAAUCUUAAAAAACACCAGAGAACACACAAGCAUCAGAAAAUCCACAAGAAGUGUAAUCUGAAAUCAGCUUGUGAAAGUCAAAGUGCUGCAAUGACCCCAUUGUGCAUGAAACAAGAACCAGAAGACAAUCCCAGCCUGGACACUUUGAAAGGUAUCAAGGUGAAAUAUGAAGAGGCGAAAGUGAAAUGUGAAGAAGUAACAGUGAAGAGCGUAGAAGUGAAGGUUAAAUUUGAAGAUUAUUCAACUCCAAAAUCGGACCUUCACAUAGAUGGAGGCAGUGUGAAACAGGAACUAAAUUCUGACUGUGAGGCAGAGCGAGGCAACUCCCAUGAGUUUGUGGAUGUGGAGGUGUGGGUGGACUUCUUAGACAAUACAAAGUCAAAUGGAGACCAGGUAGAUGUGCAAGCUUCAGACAAUUAAGCUCCAAUGGAUGCACCUUUGUCACAGGCCUUUCUAAUGAAUAUAAUGUGAAGUUGAACACUCAAUUUCUAGGUUCAAACUGCAGUGUAAGCGUGGCCAGUAUUUGUGAACCUGUGGGUUGGGGUGAUCUCUAACCAGGAGUGACUCAAGUGUUUUGUAUCAUAUCUCAUCUUAGACACUCGAUGGGUGCCCAUUAUGGGCAUCUGCCCCUGUGUGCCACGUGGAUAUGAGUUUGUAAGUCGGGGGAGAUGAUAAUAUGCCAGUCGGAUUUGAACCUUGAACCUCUGCAAUAAAUAGAGAAUGUACUACUACUUGGCUUCCCUCUGAGAGUGCUGCACAUAUAGGCCUCAUCUCCGCAGAGAUCAACUUGUAAAUACGUUGCAACGUGACGCAGUACAUUUCAGUAUAGUAAUAAAAUGUUGCCAAUGUGCCCUUUGAUUAUUUUGAAUCAUAAUUGAAAGAAUACCUGUCUGAUUUUGUACGUACAUACAACAUUUUGUGUAUUAAUGUCAAACAUGGAAUAUGUGCUGUCAGGACAAAGUAUCUGUUUUGGUGGUAACCUGUACAAAAACUCACGUGAGAGCUGUUAUUUUUGUGAUACGAGUCAAAGGGUAUUUUUGUGAAUCAGGACGCAUCUGACUGGGGCAACUCAUUGUCUUUGAAAUCGGGAGCAUAGUCGGAUCAUUCAUCAGUUAAGGUAUGCCACUUAUAAGUUACGUAUAGGAGAUACAUUCUCCACAAGAACACUAAUUAUCAUUUUGUGUUACGUAUACAUUUUGUCGAACUGAGACUUGAAAUGGACCUUGCCGAUGAACAUCAGUUGAAGCAAGCCGGACUGUUGAGACAUUGUACACCAAAACCAGUCCACAGGUGGCUUGUACUGAACACAUAUGUAGUGCCAUAAGAAAGGGGGGGCUGCUGGGGGCUCUAGGAUCCUAGGCAGAUAAGCCCUCGGCGCGAGGCGCUAGAAUCCCAGGCACCCCAAACAGUUGAGUCCUUUGGCGCCACCAACGGGGGGGGGGCUGUGCGUGCUCUGUGGGAUAUCUGGGGGCGCACACAACCCCACCCCUCGUUCGUUGGGGACGAGGCAUAAAAGGGCAGCUCCCUGGCCGAUCGGGGCCAGUUGCAGCUCAAGACCCAAGAUCAGCCAGCUUAGUACCCUGGACCCCCUCGUCCCACUUGUCCUUGUAUGGGCCGGGACGUUGUGAGGGCCAGUGGUGGGACUCUGGGACUCCCGGCUCUACGUCCUUGUAAGGGCGAGUUCCGAGGAAGCCAGAGUCCAGACCCGCACCUUGGCUGGGUCGGGUCAAUUAGCCUCCCCUAGGGUAAUUGCAGCCGGAGGACCCCAGAGCGUAGCCAGAGUAGUGUAUCUAGGCUGUAACAGAGUAUCAGGACUGUUGGAGUGUUGUAUUGUAAUAAAGAAGAUACCUCUACAAGUGUCUCCGGAACCCAUUACACAUGCAUUCCUAAAAGGCCGUGGUAUUUAUAGUUUGUGUAAAACAUUCCUCUGUUUCGUGUAGAGAACGUUGAAUGAAAGAUGUUUGCCGAUCUGUUUUUUCUCAAGGAGGUACUUUAAAGAGCACAUUUGAAGGCAUCGUGGAUUUUUGUUACAGAUUUGUAUUCUAGCCUAGGUUUUAUUGAAUUUUAAAUUCUAUUCAAAUAAAACUUUAGAUAUAUCUGUCUGCAUUGAUAUCCCACCUUGUUUACCACAUGUUUACCUAAAUAUGUAGACGCUCCCUCUGAAGACGUCACCUCAAAUUAACGAGUGGGUUACGUCAGGGCCUCCCCCUCUCUCUGGCUUGUGAUGUCACCAAGAGCAGAACUCGUCUCCACGGAAUCUAACGACUGCACUGUCUUGGAAUGCAUUUACACAGUAAUCAAAUCUUCACAACUGCCAGGGAACACACAUUAAAAACCACUUAAUGUACAAUUGGAAGGCCUUUUGAAUUGUCUUGAAACUGAAACACGUGUAAGGAGGUCUUCAAGGAGCAGAGUCUGAGAUUGACGUGUGAAAUUUGAAGUUCCAUAAGCCGAUCGUUUGUGAUGCAAGGACCCAAUAAAGAGGGCAGCUGGGAAACGUCACCAUUCGUGAAGGUGACCUGUGAAGGCUCUAGGGUUUGACUUCCAGGUCACUAAUGG